UUGAAGUUGGAUUAUAAAUAGUGCUGGAAUGAAGCCCAUUAUAUAUAAAUAAGACCUCGCUGAUCACGAGUAGAGGCUUCUUACAAAGCCUCAAUACGACAAGACUUUACUAGAAAGUUCAUUAACUAAAAAAAAAAACAGAAAAAAGACAACCAACCAGAUGGCUCCAGAAAGAACAUAUCUCCUCUGCCUACUAUAAAUAUUCAACCCAUCUCCCUGCUUCGAAGCAGGAAGCAAUUUAUAGCUACAUUUUGCAAGAACAACUCAAAACAAUUUCAAACUAAAACCCCUUUGGAAUUAAAAGAUGGCAAUGAUUCCAAGCUUCUUUGGUAACCCAAGAAGCAGCAUCUUCGAUCCCUUCUCCUCUUUCGAUCUCUGGGAUCCAUUCAAAGACUUCCCAUUUCCUUCUUCAUCUUCCCUCGUCUCUCGUGAGAAUUCUGCAUUUGUGAAUGCCCGCAUGGACUGGAAGGAGACUCCAGAAGCUCAUGUUUUCAAGGCUGACCUUCCGGGGCUUAAAAAGGAGGAAGUGAAAGUAGAAAUCGAAGAUGACAGAGUUCUUCAAAUCAGCGGAGAAAGGAAUGUGGAGAAGGAAGACAAGAAUGAUACUUGGCAUCGUGUGGAGCGCAGCAGAGGCAAGUUUUUGAGGAGGUUUAGGCUACCGGAGAAUGCGAAGAUGGAUCAAAUUAAAGCUUCAAUGGAGAAUGGAGUACUCACUGUCACUGUUCCAAAAGAUCAGGAAAUGAAGAGACCUGAUGUUAAGGGUAUUGAGAUUUCUGGUUGAGAUACUGCUGUAUUUUUAAAUUACAUGAAAAAUGGUGUAUAAAAAAUAAGAAGUUGUGUCUGUUAUUUCUGGAUUUUAACAGGUUAUGCUUGUUUGUUCUAAGUGAGAUGGCAUUUAUUAUAAUGCUUGUUUAUUGAUCUAAUAGAUACACAUUGCAUCUUUGUAAUUCA